AUGAGCGUCGGCACCGCACCCAGUGUGCCUGCACCAUGUCGUGAGAUCGGAGUGCAUUGGAUUGCGCCUACACUUCCGGGCAUGGGGAACACCAGCAGACGUGACAAGAGAAUGCCCUAUCACGUCUCGCUUGCAAAAGAUAUAGCCGCCUUGCUCUCAUAUCUAUACCCAUCUGAUGCCUUUGACGCUCUCUAUGUCGCGGGUGGAUCAUACGGCACAGUCCCGGCACAGAUGUUAUAUGGAGCAUCAUAUGAAUUGUUCCCUCCCGGUCGCAACAUUGCAGGAUGCGCCUUGAUAGCUGGGUUCUCGCCGCUCAAACAUCAUAGCGACUACGCGAAGACAUUGAGUUGGCAAAACUGGUUCUCGUAUGGUCCACCUAAACAGCUGGUUCCGUUUUACCUUUUCCAGCGGGGGUUCGACUCAUUAUCGGAUCGAAGUUGA